AUGCCCCGAAUCCCCUUUUCUGUCAUCUUAAAAGCCCAACGGGAAAACCAUCUCUUACCCAUACUCCUCAAAGAAUGCCGCACAAUCGAUUCUGCUCGCAAUGAACUUCGCUGGCUACGCGAGCGGGCAGUUCGCGAUAGCCAGUCUCUUUCAACAAAGGCAGGAUGGAGAAGCCGAUUGAGAUCUAUGUGUCAGAUGCGAUCUAGAGGAUAUCCUCUCCAAUAUAUCCUUGGAGAUCAACCAUUUGGCGACUUGGAAAUUCUUUGCCGAAGAGGCGUUCUGAUCCCAAGGCCAGAAACUGAAUCAUAUACGUAUCAAGCGGCCAAAUUAGUCCGUCAAAUGGCCCUGGACCGUAAUGACAAGUCCAAGUCUCCCAACCAAGCGAGACCCUUGCGCGUCAUUGACCUUUGCACUGGCACAGGUUGCAUACCACUUCUUCUGCACGCAUUACUUGCUCAUUUCCAGCAGCUGGAGAUAACAGGAGUGGACAUCAGUCCUACGGCCUUAGGCCUAGCCCAGGAGAACCUUGAGCAUAACCUGCAACUGGGCCAGUUGGCACCCAGCGCAGGCACAGACAUUCGCUUUUAUCGCGCCGAUGUCCUCGGACAUGGCAGCGAUAAUUUAGUACCGUCCAUUGAGUCAAUACUCCAGACUCAAAUCCCUACUUUUGGAGCAUCGGACAUCUCAUCGCCCGACCAAGAAAGCGGAUAUGAUCUAUUAAUCUCCAACCCGCCGUACAUAUCCCAAACGGAGUUCCACAACGGCACCACUGCGCGCAGUGUACGGCGCUUUGAGCCCAAGCUGGCACUUGUGCCUCCAUACUCGGGCUCCGUGAUGGAAGACUGCAUGCCUGAGGAUAUCUUCUACCACCGCAUUCUCAUUCUGGCCUUCAAGUUGAGGGCCAAGCUCACGGUGCUGGAGUGUGGGGAUUCUCACCAGGCCAAUCGAGUGGUUGCUCUUCACAGGCGACUUGCUUCUGCUGAAUCCGGGCAGUUCAGUGCGGAGGUCUGGCCGAGUCGAGAGCAGGAUUUGGCUGAUAAUGGGUUCCAUGCGACUGACGGAUCGCGAGGUGUUAUCAUACAGACUCUCCGAUAG